AUGGUCAGGAAUAACGCAGCCGUUGUUAUUGCCACUCGUCCCUUCCUAGUAUCCUUUUAUAUCUUGAUUCUGUUUGCUCUUAAUCCAUCGGGGAAUCCAGCAGUGUUUGCCAUAAUGUCUACGAAUAAUAGGAAUACGAAUAAUACUACGAAUACAACGAAUACAACGAAUUCAACACCAGCUUCAGCUUCAGCUUCAGGUUAUUCAACCAGCAGCAGAACAUCAUCAUCAUCAUCAUCAUCAUUGCCUUUAAAAAUGGCAACCAGAGUGGACCAAGUUGUCAAACGAGUUUCUCAAAAGGGUGACGAAUGGAGAUCGUUGCCGAUGGAUACCAAAAUUAAAUUGUUGGAGCAAAUCAUUCAGAAUACCAUUCAAUACCGAAACGAAUGGGUCGCCUGUCAUCAAUCGAACCUACUAUUCGCCCAUAUUGACAAUGACGAUGAUGAUGAUGAUGAUGACCCCUCAUCUUCUACCAAUGACAAAAUAACAAGAAGAACAAGAUUGAUGAAUAACCAUGGAUAUGCCAUGGUGGAUAUUCUCGUACGAGGUCCCGCCACAUUGGGAAGUUAUGCCAAUGGUAUCUUGGAUUCCUUGAAGCAUAAUAUUCAAAAGAACAACAAUGAUGGAAGACCACCACCUCCCGUAUCAACACGAACGGUGGGCGGCGGGCCCAGGAUAAGCCGUCAUGGAGUCGUUAUUGAAGAUGAUGUUGAGAAUGAAAAUGGAUUCUAUCCGGAAAAGAUAGUGGCCACAGUUUGGCCAUCUCCUUGGAGUCUGACACAAUCAUUGGAAGCCUUUGGAAUGAAGGCGGAAAUGGUCUGCGACGUUCAAGAUUCUGCCAUGUUGCAGCAGACUCAUGACUCGUACGUGCAAGAGCACAAUUCAAAGUUGCUCGUCUCAAACAAUAAAAAUGUUGGAUGUUCCGCCAUUUUGGCUGCCGGAAACUUUGAUGCACCCACGGAUUUGCUCUGCGAACUAUUCAUCAAAGGACGUGUCUGCGUCUACAAGGCCAAUCCAAUCAACGAGGCAUCCAUUCCAAUCCUGAAAAAGAUAUUAAAACCAUUGUUGGAUUUGGGAUACGUGGAAUUCUCACCCUCCACGUCAAUAGAAGCGGCACAGGCCUUGGUCGAACACCAAGGGAUUCAAGAAAUUGUCUUUACGGGAUCCAAGGCCACUCUUGAUCGUAUUGUCUGGGGGAACUCCAAAGAAGAACAAGACCAAAACAAGGCCAAGAAUACUCCAAUCAAUACGACACCGGUAUGUUCCGAAUUGGGAUCCGUGAAUCCAUGGAUUAUUGUUCCAGGUCCCCAAUGGAACAAACGAAGCGUCGACGAUCAUGCCCGUGCCAUGGUAUUUGCCAAGAUGAGCAACAAUGGACAUAUUUGUGUGUCGCCACAAGUCAUUAUCUAUCCCAAGGAUUGGAAAUUCCGACAAUUGUUUCGGGAAAAGGUGGAACACUGGAUGUCCAAACAUCCUGGAACCGUGGCAUUCUAUCCUGGAUCACAUGAAACUCAUCAAAGUCUACAACAACAUCCGAAUGCCAAGCUGGUACCUUAUGGAAAUCCAAAGAAGAAGAGUCGUGGUCAUGACGAGGAGAAACAACAAUCAGAACCAAUCUUUCCUGGAGAACAACGACCAUUGUUCAUUGGGGACAUGUCAUUGGAGAAUGAACGAGAUCAGAAUCUUCUUCGACAAGAAGCUUGGUGUCCAGUACUCAUGGAACUUGCAAUUGAUGCGGAGGAUGUCGACACGAAACCUAUGGAAUAUUUGAGAAAGGCAGUCGAUACGGCCAACACCAAUCUAUAUGGCUCGCUGUCCAUAAACAUUUUGAUCGACAACAAAACCAUGAGACGGAAUAAAAAAGAACUGGAUCAUAUCAUUGUGCAUGAAAUGCCAUAUGGCUUGGUGGGCAUCAACGUAUGGCCUUGUUAUGUGAAUAGCAUGUCCCAAGUACGAUGGGGAGCCUUUGUCGGCACUGAUGAAUCUGGAAGUGGCACUCUGGCCAAUGCCCAUUUGUAUCGAAAUGUCGAAAAGACAGUGCUUCGGGCACCCUUUCGACACUUGCCGCGCAAGGCCAUUCAAGUCAUGGAUCCCAAAAAGGCUCACUUGGUCUUUUCUAGAUUCACCACUUUCAAACUGAAACCAAACAUUAUCACUCAAGUCGGACUCUUUGCAGCUCUAUUUCUCGGAAUAUAG